AAGAACAGAACUGGAGACAAUAGUAUUAGUAUCAGCGAAGAAAAUGUUCAGAUUGGGAAGUACUUUUUUUAUACUGCAAGCAAUUUUGAUUGCAGCAAGCGAUAAAUUCGUACAGGCACAGGAUAUAGCAGUGCGACAUUCAUUCGAAUUUGAUGAGUUAUUAAACAUCACAAGCAGAACAGAUGAUCUUAUAAACAUUAAUAAUCGCGUUUUAGCCAAUCAUAUUGCAACCGAUAAAGAUAAAAUUGAUGCUUUUAAAUCUGGCUAUGAAGAGCUCAUUUGGUCAAUUGGAUUGGAUGCACUCUUGUUGGAACUUAAAUACCGCGAAUUCGAUAAUUACGUGAGACCUUUACAAGUAAUAAGCGACUUUACCAAGCACUGCGUUCAGAAAUUUCUUUGGCAGCUUCCAAAUCUAAACACCGUCAAAACUAAUUUGAAUUCCUGUGUCUCAUCUGCUAGUAGUUACAUCGGCACAAUUAUCUCCAAUGCAGUUUCGACACAGAACACACUCAUCAGCUACUACAAUAGCAACUUCAAGACUUUGCUGGCGAACUGCAAGAAAUUAGAAGCACAAUCGCAUUUAAAUUACACCAUCUGCCUUACGGAAGCCAUGGCCACUGCUCAUAAUUACUUCAUGACUAAUAGGAAAACUUUAGAAAUCAGAUUAGCGGAAGCGCAAUGUGCUGCCCGCAAUCGCAUUCGUCAGGCUGUAGAUUGUAGAUUCCCCCAUAUUUACAGUACAAUCGAAAAAAUUGGCAUCAUCAAGCAGGGAAUUGAUGACUGUAUAACAUAUAAAAGUGGUUUCACGACACCUACUUGCAGCAAUUACGUUAAAUUGGAUCAAUCUCCUGAAUUCUUCCAUAAUUUCACCAUAUAUAAUCCAUUCUACGGCUUCAGUAAUACAACCAAAUGUGUGCAAGUAGAUUUCUUUGAACCUGAACGUGUGGAAUUGUCCAUAAAAGCAUGAAAAAAUUUAACUACGAAAUAGAAGUAAUUUUAGAAAAAAAUUUGUAUUAGAAUUUAUAGUUAUAAUAAAUCUUA